AAGUUCAUACGGGAAAUGAUUCUACCAGGAAACAGGCCGCUUCCCCCCAAAGGUCGGGGGGGAUAACGGGUGGAGAGAGAAAGAGGUCCAGCUCCCAAACUGGGUCAGCCACAGCCCGUGCCUCUCGGUGCCAGGGCUGGUGCCCUGGGUCUUACAGGCAAGGAGAACAGGAGGGGGGUCCCUGGAGCAAGAGCCGGGGACCCUGCAGCGCAUAAGGUCAGCGCAGUCGGUCUUCCCUCCCACAGCCCCCCUCCACUUCCUGAUGGCUCUGCUGCUGUGGGUGCUGCUGGUGGCCUGCUCGCCUGCUCUGUGUGCUGGGCAGUCCCAGGCCCCGUUUGCUCACGCCUUGGACUGGGAUGAAGCUGCUCAGAGGAACGUUCUGCUGGCCUACUCCGAGGAGGUACUCCAGAAAGAGGCUCUACCACCGGCUGACUUUCUGCCUGAGGCAGGACCUGAAUCCGAGUCCCGGCUGGCUGUUCUGGGCCCCACAAAGUUGCCUCCCCCUAUUCCAGAUGAAGCUGGCAGCCCGGGGCACCUGGUUUCAGAUGGGUCCAAAGGGCUGGGAGGACACCCAAACUCUCUCGAGACAGGAGGAGGAGGAGGAGGAGCAAGGCUGCGAGGACAGCGCCCUUUCCCCGAGCGUGCACAAGAUCGCCUGGGCCAUGAGGGCGCUGGGGGUGGACCUGCUGCGAGAGCUGGAGGCCGAGCAGAGCAAGGACAACACUCUCUUCUCGCCCCUCAGCCUCAGCCUGUCCCUCGCCCACCUAGCUCUAGGAGCAGCCAACCAGACCCAGAAGCGCCUCCUCGAGGUCCUCCACAUGGACUCCGUGCCGUGCCUCCACCAAGCGCUGCGUCGCGUCUCUCGGCGCCUCCACGAGACGGCCCUCAGCAUAGCAGGCCGCCUUUACCUGGAGAAAGGGUUCCCGAUCAAGGAGAAGUUCCUGAAGGAGUCCCAGAGAUUCUAUGGGGUAAAGCCAGCCGUGCUCUCUGGGAACAGCGAGGCUGACCUUGCAGCCAUCAACAGCUGGGUGGAAGAAGCAACGAACGGGCAGAUUUCCACCAUGCUCACCGAGUUGCCUCCCAGUGUCGUGAUGGUCCUUCUCAACGCGGUGUAUUUCCAAGGCUUCUGGAAGACCAAGUUCGACCCACUCCUGACAGAACCAAGCAUGUUCCACCUGGACGAUGAGUUUGCGGUCUCUGUGGAGAUGAUGAAGGAGCAGGAGUACCCCCUAAGCUGGUUUAGCAUGGAGCCCCUGAAUGGGCAGGUUGCCAAGUUCCCCUUUAAGGGCAACACCACCUUCGUGGCCAUCAUUCCAAGCCACCACGAGAGGAACUUCUCUCAGUUUCUGUCUGAGGUCCUCCAGGUCAACCUAGAAACAUCCUUCCCCGAGGAGAGGUCCACCAUGGUGAAGAUGCCAAAGCUGCAUUUGCAGGACCACACGGACCUCAACCAGGCCUUAAUUCGGUUAGGUCUUGGCGAGCUGUUUUCUUCCCCAGAUCUCCGCCCCAUUGCUGAGGGACCCCUCCUUGUCUCCAGUGUCCAGCAUCAAGCCACCCUGGACCUUGCGGAGGCUGGAGUGCAGGCAUCAGCGGCCACCAGCGUGGUGGCCUACCGCUCCUUCUCUGCUUUCUGCCUUGACCAGCCCUUUAUCUUCAUGAUCCUGGAGAAGACCACAGGAGUCCCCCUUUUCUUUGGCAGCAUCCGGAACCCCAACCCAGGGGCUCCCCGGCAGAAGAAAACAAAGGGCUUCCCGCUAAGUGAGGAGAAGGAAGGCCUGCCUUUCACUUACCAGCCAGACCCCUGGAAGCCCUGAGUGGCCGCAGCUUUCCAGAAGUCCUCUUCCAAGGCCACACACAAGAGUUUUGCCCCCCCCGCUGGCGUCUCGGGAAUGGGGUGGAUUCCACCCCCAGUCCGGCUUAAAACAGAGGCAGCCGGGGUGAUAGCUGGCCUCCCUCAGCCACUAGCGGGCAUUGGGGUGGAAUCCCACCCCUCCGCUUGCCACACACCUGUGUCUCAUCUGGGAAUUAAGAGACUCCCCCCACCCCGCCCGCAACUGGAGGAACCCAUUGGCCCGGACCCCACCAAACUGAUUUCCCCUUGGCCUUCCUCAGUUCUUUCCUUGGCCUCAAAGCCAAGGGCGGAGGAGUCAGGGCAAUUAACCUGAUUAACCCUAAUCAGGAGUUAGCCAGACUGAGCCCGUUCUGCCCCAGAAGCCCCUAGUCAGUCCAAGAAGCACAUGGGGCCACCCCCUUCCAAAGACGCCCCCCUCCCUCCCGCUUGUCAUUGUGUCAGAAGCCACAGAUGGAAUGGUAAUAAUGAUUUAAAGGCCUCACAACAACCCUGCGAGGUUGGGAUAUAGACCACCUAACAAAGCUGUCCUAAGAUCCUCAGAUCAUAAUCCAGUUCAAAAUUGUCCUUUCUCUUCAUGCUUGUAAAACCUUAAGUGUAGAUAAGAUGCACAAUUAUGCAGCUAAAGUUUAAAAAAAAGGAAGAGUCAGCACUGAAAAUUGUAAGGGGAAUAAUUAAAAAUAAAACUGCUAAUAUCGUGAUA